AUGACAUCCAAUCGUUUUAUUCAACAUAUUAUACCUGAACUUGAUAAUACAAAUCCUAGUCCAGCUGUAUAUUAUGAAGACUUACGUGAAGUUCCACUAGAAGAGGCAGUUCAAGAUAUUCAUCCACUUAUCCCUUCUAUUUUCCAUAAGGUUGCUACAGCUAAAAGAAAAUGUAGACGAACAUUUAAAUUAACAUUGGAUCAAUCGGCAUCAAUUUAUCUUUAUUCAAUGCCGACAACAUUUUUUACUCUUUUAAAUGAAGCUCUUCGAUCUCGAAAUCCAAAUACAAUUCAACCCUGGUUAUUAUAUUUAAAACUAUUCACGACAGCUAUUGAAAAACUGCCAUCAUGUCAAAAAACUAUAUGGAGAGGAAUUCCGAAUGUGAAUGAAGCGAAUUUUAUUGUUGAUCAGGAAAUAACUUGGUGGAGUAUUAGUUCAUGUACAAUAUCUAUUGAUGUUAUUUCCAUGUUUGUUGGUGACGUAGGAAGUAUUUUUGCUAUCAAUGCAAUAUCUGGUAGAAAUAUCCGUCGCUAUUCUGCUAUUCCAUUAGAAGAUGAAAUUAUUCUUCUACCUGGUACUCGAUUUCUUGUCAUAUCUAACCCAUUGAAUCUCAAUGAGAAACAUCAUAUUGUUCACAUGCAAGAACUUCCAAAUAAUCGUUAUACUAAUAAUAACACAAAUUCUGAUAAUGAAGAUACUGAAGAUCUCGAUUCGACUGAUCUUAUACCUGAUCGUACGCGUCAUACAUAUAAUCAAAUACUAAACCAAAAAAAUCUUCAAACGAUUCGUAAAAUUAUCAUGGUAUUGAUUAUUUUAUCAAGUGUAACUGCUGUACUUCUAUUUGCCGUUUUUAAAGCAGAAAAAUUUUCAUCCUCUACUACUCAUAUUUUAUCAACCAGUACAAUUUCAUCAAAGCCAAAGAUCGGUGUCUGGUCUAAUACAACGAAUAUGAAUUUUGCACGUAGUUAUCAUACAGUAUCAUUACUUAGUACGGGUAAAGUCUUAGUUGUUGGUGGAGCGAUGCAUCGCAAUAGAUUCAGUAGUGGAGAAUUGUAUAAUCCAUCAACGAAACUUUGGGAAAACGUAGAUCCAAUGUAUUAUUAUCGAGCAGGUCAUACAGCAACGAUACUGAAUAAUGAAAAAGUAUUAAUAGUCGGUGGAAAUUCAUUGGAGGGUAAGGAAAAUUUGACUACCCCAGAACUUUUCGAUCCAAGAAGAGAAAUUUGGACAAAAUUAGAGAAUAGGAAUACACCACGCACAGGUCAUACAGCAUCGUUAUUACUUGAUGGAAGAGUACUGAUUGCUGGUGGAUAUUUUGGUGGAUUUCGGUCACUUGGCUUGUCGGAAACGUAUGAUUCAUCAACAGAACGAUGGAAUAGAACAGGAGAUAUGAUAAUUCCACGAUAUAAUCAUGCAGCAGUAACUUUACGUAAUGGAAAAGUUUUAGUUAUUGGUGGAUCCAAUGAAUAUGGUUGUCUCAAUAGUACAGAAUUAUACGAUCCAAGAACAGGACUUUGGACAAAAAUGAAAGACAUGAAUGUUCGACGAGUUUAUCAUACAGCAACCUUAUUGAAUAAUGGUAAAGUAUUAGUUGUCGGUGGUUUCAUGAUGUUUGGAUUUGAUGAUGAUGUAGAACUAUACGAUCCAUUAACGGGAAAUUGGACAUUUGUACGUCCCAUGAAUUCUCAAAGGUAUCAUCAUACGACAACUGUUUUAAAUGAUGGAAAUCUGUUAGUUGCUGGUGGACUUUGUAGCACUAUAUUAUGUUCCAAUGCAGAAAUCUAUGAUCCUUCAGCAGAUCAUUGGUUAAAUACAAAAAAUAUAAGUAUUCAAAGAUAUUCUCAUGCUGCUACAAUACUAAAUGAUGGUAAAGUUUUAAUUGCUGGUGGAAUUCAAAAUAAUACUUCAAUAGAAAGCUCAGAAAUUUACGGAUGA